AUUGAGUUUAAGGAUUUGGCAACAUCUUCGUUGUAUGUUGUCACAGGUGAAAAUUUUGUUUAUAUUCUACUAUUGAAUGAUCCUUUGGAUUUAUUCUACGUUUGGCGUUAAAUAAUGUGUGAUUUACUCCCAGAUACAAGACAGUCUUCUAUUAUUUGUCCUUCUGAAAACAUUUCUCCUAAAGAAAAAUUGUCACAGUGUUCGAAUGAAAAUGAAAAUGAUAAAGAUAAUGCACCAGAAGUUUUAGAGAAACCUGAUGCUUGCAGUUCAGUAUCUAGGGAAAUUCUACAAAAAUUGGCAUAUGGUACUCUUUCAUUAUAUCUGGAUGAUACAAAAAAGAUAUCUUCCAGCUUAAAUGAACUUACGCGGAAUCAGAAUAUUGUUAUUGAAACUUUAGAACAAGAAAAUUCAAAAUUAUCUGAUGCAUUGAAAAUGUAUAACCUUGAUGAAAUGUUUUCAAAAAUCAAGCAAUAUAAUGUAAAAGUUCAGCUGCUAAAAAAGGAAAUGCUAGCAAUUCAUGACAGAUCUGUAAAACUGAAAAAGCGUGCCAUGAGAUUGCAACAGCAAAAACAAAAGGAAGCUUUGCAAAAAGAAUUACAAAGAGAUCGAGAGCUUGAAAGGGACAAACAGUUAGCCCCUAAAAUUGCUACUAAAUCAGCUAAUGAAUAAUGUGUAUGAUGUUCUUCUUAAGACAAGGAGCUGUGUAGCAAACUGUAGUAAUUAUUUAAUUUUGAAAUUCUUCAUAUGUAAUGUAUGAGUUAAUACAUUCCUUCCAUACAUAUUUUUUUUAUAUGCCUCAAGCAAUUGGCACACAAAUUAAACGCACUAUUGUAUUUAUUUUCUGAUUUUGAAGACUUUUGUACCAAGGGAGUCUGGGGAAAUAAUUUAUUUUGUCAUUUUAAAUGAUUCCAUGGAGUUUCACAAGUAUAUGUAUAUUAUUGUAGCAUAAUUUGGAUGCUGAAAUAUAUAUAAGUGAUGAUAAUUUUAAUUUUUUUAAGUAGGUCAUUAAUACAUUCUUGAGAACUCUCAUUUAUCAUUAUCUUUUUUAAAGGUAAUGAUAAAUCCAGUAUUUCCUCCAGCAAUUGAAACUUUCAUUUAAAUGUUGUCAUUACAUUCCUUUGAAGGUUGUGUAAUUUUAUUUUUAUGUGGAAAAAAUGUUUAUAUUGGAAUUUAAUUGGCUGGAUAGACUAUUUAGAGCAAAGCAUGUAAGAGCUAUGUGCUUAAAUUCUUUCCCAGUUCUAACUGAGGACAUUCUGUGGGAGAUAAUUUUGCAGUGUCGUAUUGCUUUCUUCCAAUCUCUUGAGGGAAAUUUCAGACUGACAGAUUUUAAUUACCAUCAUUCCAUAAACACACUAUUUCAUAAACAUCUGUGUGUUGACUUCAGGCUGUCAGUGUGACAUUCAAUUGUCUAUAAUUUGCAAGAAGGAGGCAAGAUUAACACACAGUUGAAUGAGUUAAAGUUACAAACUAGAACGUCAAACAAAAUUAUUAAUGAUUUUGCAAUUUUAUUAAUGAUUUUAAUUUGAUUAAUGAUUUUGCAAUUUUAUUUUGCAACUAUCUGCAGAAAAUUUAUGAAUGUUCAGAGCUUUAGAAUUUUGUUUGUAAUUUUAUCACUCACGCAAUACAAAAUAUUUGCUGCAGUCUAUUUUUUAAGGGGUGUUAAACCAAAUUUAUUUCAGGACUGUAAAUUAGCCAUUGGGAGGUAAAAAAUACAGAUGAAUUGUAUCUUUUACUAAAUAUAAUGUGAAUUAAGAUAUUUAUUUUAGAAUUAUUCAGUAGAAGGAGUUACAAAGCUGCUUCAAAUUUAAAAAUGGAUUAAAAGCUGUGUUCUUAUACUCUAACACAAGUGCUUAUAUUGCUUCAUUGUGUACAUUGGUGUGAAAAUACCAAUCCAAUUUUGUUUAAUACUUAACAAGUAUCUUCCCCUCGCCACCUCCAAAAGGGCAAAUAGAGGAAUUUUUUCUCCCUCUCCCUGCUCCCUCCAUGGGAUUCACUCAGGAACUUUUAUCACCAUGCCCAUUGUGGACUUCUUUCAUGUUUACAGGAAAGUACUGCAAAAGCAGUAGAACCAAUGUAUAACUACUUCUGUAUCAAAGUAUCAAGUACCUUUCUUGAAGUUAUAUAUGCAAAAUUUGCUGAAAAUAACCUAGAACCAACUCCUGUUUUAUGAGGUUCUGUCUUUAAACAGCUAACUAUAACCAAAUGGACUUAUUCACAAGGUUAAACUGCUUAAAAAUCGAGGUAAAUUGUUCAUAAUAUUUUUCUGUUAUUUAUAAAAUGGGUUAUUCCUUAUGUUUUUUAACUGCUCUCAUAUUAAUUGUGAACUCUUUUCUGGUAAAGACUGUGGUAUAUCUUGGUUCUGUUUAGUAGAAUAUAAAUUAGAAGAUGACAGUAUACAUGCUUUUUUAAAAGUAAAACUUUGUUGGGAUAAAUGGAAUUCUGUUAGUUUUUGUUUUUAAGUAAAUUCUUUAUUAAAUUAUUACUGUUUGGCAAAAAUUUCAUUGUUCAUAAAGAAGAUGGUAAUUAUGCCUCAUCGGCCUUCAAUUCAGUAGAUUUUUAUGCAAACCUUAUGCCACUCCAAGUUUGCUUUUUUGUCUAAUUUUAAAUUCUACAUUGGUGUGUGUCUUUUCCAAUUAAAUUUUUUGUCAUCAGGCAGCAUUUUCAAGAGAUUUCAUCUUGUUUUGCAAAAUUUUUUUGCUCCUGAAAAAAGAUGCACUUGUGUCUGAUUGCGCUAAAAAUUGACAGUUUUAUUCAAAAUCUAUGCUCGUCUAAAAGUUGCUUUUUUGGAUAAUUUGAAAUAUAAUUUUUUUAUUCAGUUUCAAAACUGAAUCAAAACAUUAGCUGAAAAUGUGAAGUAUUGCAACUUAGAUUAAUAUGCUUAUAUGUAAAUGGUGAUUUAUUUACUUCAUAAUGAAGUGUUCAACUCAUUAAUUAAAUUAUUUAAUUCAUUAUGAAUUGUUAUAUUUUGUAUCAAAAUGCUUUGAUCUUAAAAUUAACACUCCUCCUAUUGAAGAAGUUCAGAAAUAUUGGAGUUCUAAAAUGCUAUUUAAUAAAUUAAUGAACAAGAUUCAAUCAGAAUGUUUUCAUUUUCUUUGGGGCAAAUAUUGAUUAUUUAACUUUUGUAACAAAGUUUUAAUUAUAAGCAAUACAUGUAAAUUGUAAAAAAAAAAAAAUUUAAAAAAAUCUGCUAAUUAUUUUUUUGGGAAAAAAGUAGUAUAUUUUCUUCUCUUCUGAAGAGCCUUAAUGUUUAGCAUGUUUAUAACAAAGCAUUAUAUUUACUUUAAAAUUUUAGCUUAAAAAUAUAAACAUUUUCUUCAUUUUGAAGCAGUUUUGUUUACUGGUGUUUUAGAUUAUGGCAAUUAAAAUGCAAUAAUGAUUCAAAUAACUAAUGUUAUUAUAAUGUUUUUAAUAUUUUGUUACUAAUUAUUUUUCUGCUGAUCCAUAGUUUAAAAAAAUGUAGUAAAAAAAUUAAAACUAAUUCAUAGUGUAAAAAAAUGCAGUGAAAAAUAAAAACAGUCUAAAAUUUCUUGUAAAACUAAAUAUGAACUAUUCAAAACUGUGUUAAAUAAGUCAAAGUAUAUUAAAAGUUAUACAUAGUGACCAAAGUAUGUUACUAAAUUAACAUUGUCAUAUGUUAUAUUUUACACUGUGUCGUUAUAGAGAUGUCUAUAGUUUUUGGUAAAGUUUUAAGUAUUUGUUGUUAAAAAAAAUGUUCCCAUUGUCAUAAGUGGAAUAAAAGGUAAUAAAAAUAUAGGAAUAGCUCCUAUUAAUUAGCUAUGACUGUGUAAUUAAAUAAUUGGGUAGGAUGCAAAUAUCUGUACAAAUACAAUGUAUUAUAACACUGAACAUGUGAUUAAACACUAAUUACAUUGAAUGUUAUUUUUUUUCUUUGUAUAUAUAUUUUCCAUGUAUAUAAUACAAUUUGAUGAUGUUUUAAUGAACUACUGUAUUUGAAAUUCUUUAAUAUGUUACAUAAAAUACUAGAUUGUGUAAUAAAGUUGUUUAUAUUUGUGAAA